AUGCACCAAUUAGUAAUUCCAAUUUCUGAAAUAAACCCGCGUAAUUCGCUAAUGCAAAAAUUAGGAUCCGUAUCUAGUAUUAAUAAGAUGGCCGUGCAACGUAGGAUGCUGAAUAAACAAAAACACCUUGCCAAAGUUCGGUUUGUAUUUUGA